AUGUCCGUUUUGCAACUUCCAGCCAUACCACCCUUUGACCCAAAUGGAGAACCGACUUCAGUUGGUCAACGAUGGACGAAAUGGCAGACCAGUCUUAAAUACUACAUACUAGCAAGUGGAGUUAGGGAUGAUGAAAGAAAGAGGGCAAUUUUACUCCACAUGAUUGGACCUAAUUGCCAGGAAAUAUUUGAAACUUUCUCUGAUCCUGGAACAACAUUUGAAGAAGCCCUCCAUAAAUUUGAUGAACAUUUUUCAGUCAAAAAGAACAUACCUUUCGAAAGGCAUAAAUUUCACCAAGCCUCACAACAAGUAGGGGAAAGUACGGAUCAAUUCAUUACCCGUCUACGACAACUUUCCUUAUAUUGUGAAUAUGGAUCAGAAACUGACAAUGAAAUCCGAGACAUGGUCAUAGCAAAAACAUCGAAUAUUAAAUUCCGCAAACGUUUACUUAUGGAAACUGAUUUGAAUCUCCAGAAAACACAGGACCUUGGACGACUUUUUGAAUCUGCAGAACACCAAAACAAAGAAAUAGCUAAUGGUAAACAAACAACAAUAACUUCGAGAAAAAGAGGGAUUGUAAUAUAUUUUACUAGGUAUAUAUCGGAUGCCGUGAAACAUGACACUGAAGAAGAAAGCUCUGAACAAAUCAACAAACUACAUGGGCGUAGACCACCUCAUCGUAGCCAUAGGAAACACAAUGCACCACCACAUCGGAACAACCCAACCAAAUCAUUCAACAAACCAGAAUGUGGUCGCUGUGGUAUGAAGAACCACAAAAGUCAUGAAUGUCGGAGAUCAAGAGAUAAAACAUGUAACAAAUGUGGUAUUAAAGGACAUUUUGCAAAAAUGUGCCGCACCAAAAAUAAACAGCAAGUUCAUCAAACCAACCAUGAAAACUCUGAUGACGAAGAUGAGGAUAUCUACCUAUACAAGAUGAACACUACGAAGUCAAAUAACUUCCCCGUUCUAGUAAACAAUAGCGAAAUGACUGCUAUCAUUGAUUCUGGAAGCACAACAAAUAUCAUCGAUUUUCGAACCUAUAAACGCUUAUUCAGCAACAUCCAGCUUCAGAAAUCCAAUGCCCGAAUCUACCCAUACAAUGCUACUAAGAAGCUCCCAAUCACUGGUACCUUCAAAGCUACAGUUGCAGCAAAUCACCAUAAAAUACUAGCAAAAUUCUACGUAAUACCUGGUCAAGGAGGCAAUUUACUUGGUCACAAAACAGCUGAGCAGCUAGAUCUAUUACGAAUUGGACCAGCUACAACACCCAUCAACCAUAGAACAUUCCAGUUAGGUAGCAGAAGUCUGUCAAAAGGCAUACCAGUAUCAACAGAACAAGUCCUCAACAAAAACAACAAGGUAUUCAAAGGAAUGGGAAAACUUAACAACUUCAAACAGAAACUCCAUAUUGAUCCAGAUGUCACCCCCAUCCAGCAACCAACUAGGAGACUGCCGUUUCACACCAGAAAGAAAGUUGAAGCAGAGCUCGAUAGACUGCUGAAAUUAGAUAUCAUUGAGCCAGUUAAUGGACCAACUUCGUGGGUUUCACCAAUUGUCGCAGUACCUAAGAAAAAUGGCAAAAUUAGAUUGUGUGUGGACAUGCGCAGAGCAAACACUGCCAUUAUCAGAGAGAAGCAUCCUAUUCCAAAACUGGAAGAAAUCCUACCAUUAUUAAAUGGAGCCACUGUCUUCUCAAAAAUUGACCUGCGAGAAGGCUACCAUCAAAUUGAGUUAGCCGAAGAAAGCAGAAACAUUACUGCCUUCAUUACCCAUAAAGGAAUUUUCAGAUACAAGCGUCUCAUAUAUGGUAUUUCAAGUGCCUUUGAACAUUUUCAGAAAAAUAUUGAAAUGGUAAUUGCUGAUUGUGAAGGGGCAAAGAACAUCUCUGAUGAUAUUUUUAUCUGGGGAAAAACACAAGCUGAGCAUGACCGCAAUCUCGAUAAGGUUCUUCGUAAUCUUUCUGAGAAUGGCCUGCGUGUCAACCCAGAAAAAUGUGAGUUUAGCAAGAAUAAAAUUUUAUUUAGUGGAUAUACUCUCACAACAGAUGGCAUAUCUCCAGACCCUUCCAAAGUCACUGCAGUCAACAAAUUCAAAACACCAACAACAUCGACAGAAGUCAGAUCCUUUCUUGGUCUAGUAAAUUAUUGCAGUCAGUUCAUCAAAGACUACAGUACAUUAUCAGCUCCACUGAGGAAACUCACCAAGAAAAAUACACCAUUCAUAUGGACAGAUGAUCUUCCUGACGUUAGUCAACUUGUGAAAAGCAACAGUGAAUUGGAUAUAGAAGUAAACAAGAAUGAUGAAAAGCACAAACAGAAAUCCAAGGAAAACACCGACCAGAACCGCAAGGCAAAAACUGUCACUUUUGAAGUCGGACAAAAGGUAUUGUUGAAAAAUCUUACCGACAACAAAAACAAACUUUCACCGCCCUGGUUAAAGGAAGUCUUCACCAUCAUUAAAGUAUACAAACGAAGCAUCAUGGUUCGAAACAAGGAAGGAAAAACGUUUCUACGAGCAAACGGACACGCGAAACUGUAUAGAUCUGCGAAGGGUAAGCAAUCGAGUGUUUCUAACGCGCGAAACAGGGCAGACCCUUGUACCUGCUCAAGCAAUGCGAAUUUUGAUGAGAACCAACAAUCUAAACCGAAUGAUGGCCAUAACAAAGAAGAAGAUCUAUACGAAAAGAAAAACCACAAGAACGGUGCAAAAACCUACCCGAAACGACAAAGAAAAACUACAGAGCGUUACGUCAUCAUCAAUCCGAAGCGCAAGAAGAAGACUUAG